UAGAACAUUUUAUGUGUUUCGUUUUCCAUUAGAAACAAUGCAAUAUAAAUUUAAGAGUUUACAACUGUUAUAGGUAUACUAAAACCGGCUUGAGGCAGUCCCUACAUUAUCCAUUGAUUCGGUAGAGGAAAUAUCAAUUUAUCAUAAAAAUACUUUGCGGCAACAGUUUCAACUUGUCUUUGCCCAGUUUGUGUUCAGUAACCAGCACCAAGUGCCUCUGAAGACUACGCUCUGUGGACGAUUUGUCGUUCUUCUUAUCAGCUUCUGCAUAAUAAGGAUGGAGAUUGAAACGGUUGGCGAUCAAGGGCCCGCCUUGGAUAGACCGCCAGAUCUUGGGUUGAAGUUACCUCUGAACCAUGAAUAUCCAUUACAAACCAAGCAGAACAUUAAGAUCCGAGCAAACCAGGUUGUGGAGAUGGUCCCGCUCACAACAAGGUACCUUAAAUAUUACAUGGGCAGGAGAUUGCACAAAAAGAAACCAAUCAUGGACAUGGUUCACAUGGUUUCAGCUCAAAGGAUGUAUGGCUGUCCAAUAGGAGGUAUUGGAGGAGGUACAAUUGGCAGGGGGUUUAAAGGAGAAUUUUGUCGGUUUCAACUAUUUCCUGGCAUAUAUGAGUAUGUCACCAUACCAGAGUGCCAGUUUAUUGUCAACAUCAGAAAUGCUGCAAAGGAAAGUAUUUUCCAGUCUGUUUUGUCCACAUAUGACAAACCAAAAAAGGCUCCUGCAUCUUGGGAAUGGAAUCUGAACCCUGCCGACUGUGAAUACACAGCACUUUAUCCAAGGGCGUGGACCACAUAUGACCUGUCUAACUAUGGAAUUAAGCUGGUUUGUCGGCAAAUUUCACCUGUGAUACCACAUAAUUAUAAGGAUAGCAGUUUACCCUGUGCAGUAUUCGUAUUUUCGGCACAAAACGUCUGCAAUGAACACAGAGAUGUAUCAAUUACUUUCACAUGGACGGAAGUACUUACGGGGCCAAACAAGAAAAAGUCAAUAGCUAAAUUGGAACUAGAAAGGUAUUCUGAAGAUCACACAUGUGGGGUGACACUUGAGCAAAAAAUCGCUGACACACCCUGUACAUUCACCAUAGCCAAAAGGAAGGAUCAACGUGAAACUAUACAUGAAGGGUACUGUUUGUGGAAUUCGUCAAAGACAUCCUCGUAUUUAUGGGAUUGUUUGCAAACAAAGGGAAAACUGGAACCAGAUCCUAGUCUCACGCCGCCUCCUCCUGUUAUGAAUGAAAAAGGCAGAAGUGAAGCUGAGACGAAAGAAAAGCACAAAAAAAUACACAAAUGUGAUUCAAUGGGUCUAUCGAGUGUGAUAUCGUUGGAUCCAGGAGGAAUCGGGACGACCGAGUUUUGCCUUUCGUGGGACAUGCCUGUGAUUAAAUAUAAGAAACAUAAAAAAGUACAUAAAAGGUAUUAUACAAAAUAUUUUGGUAGCGAUGGAAUCGCCGGCGCCAGCAUAGCUGCGUACGCACUUAGGAACUAUAAAAACUGGGAGAAGCAACUCGCCGAAUGGCAAGAUCCUAUAUUUACUAAUAGCAAUAUACCAGAUUGGUUAAAAAGUGCCUUAAUGAAUGAGCUUUAUUUUAUUGCGGACGGUGGGACUAUAUGGUUUGACGGACACGAUGAGUAUCCAGAGAGUGAUCCCAGGCAUGAUUUCGGCCUGUUUGGAUACCUGGAGGGACACGAGUAUAGAAUGUAUAACACAUACGAUGUUCAUUUCUAUGCUUCGUUUGCUCUGGCCCAGUUAUGGCCAAAUUUACAAGCUGUUCUACAAUACAUGUUUAGAGAUACAAUAACUCAGGAAAGUGAGAAAUCUAGACCGUCCUUAUACAACGGAAAAACUGUCAAGUUUAAGAUCAAAGAUUCAAUUCCUCACGAUUUGGGAGACCCAGAGGGCGUCCCAUUCUCAAACAUAAACGCUUACAACAUCCACGACGUAAGCGAAUGGCGAGAUUUGAAUCUAAAGUUCAUACUGCAAGUGUUGCGCGACUACCGUUUGCUCCGCGGGCACUCGGCGCCGUUCGGCAACAAAAGGUACCGAUCCAUCGCCUUUAUCGACGACGUGCGCGACGCCGGGGACCAGCUGCCCUCGCGCCCGGCCUCCGCUCUGACCGACGGUUCGCCCGUCGUCCACGUCGAAACUACGUACGCCGUUGGCGAUAUACUGGAUCUGCUGUACAGGAACACGUCAGGAGAGACAGAGGGCGCGGGUGAGCGCUCGGAGGCGCACGCGGGCGGAGGCGCGGGCGCGGGGGGCGCUGCCUGGGACGCAGAUCGCUACCUGGCCGACCUGUACGGCGCCUGCGUCACGCUGCUGCGCCGCGCGCGACAGUGGGACCGCGACGGGGACGGGCUUAUCGAGAACGGGGGCUUCCCCGACCAGACCUACGAUGCUUGGGUCAUGCUGGGACCUAGCGCAUACUGUGGCGGUCUUUGGGUGGCAUCAAUAUGCGCAGUGAAGAACAUGGCUCAGAUCCUCGGCCACGAAGCAGACGCUGUGGAGUUCGGCAACAUGCUGGAUCAAGCCCAGCGGGCGUACGAGGAGAAGCUGUGGAACGGAUCGUAUUACCGGUUCGAUGUCCGGGAGCGAUCAAAAAAUACCAUCAUGGCGGACCAGCUUGCUGGACAUUGGUACCUGCGUGCAAGCGGUCUACACGAGUCGAUAUUUCCCGCGACGAAUGUAAAGAAGGCCCUGGCGACGAUAUACGACAACAAUGUGCUAAAAUUCAACGAGGGUCGAAUGGGGGCAGUCAACGGAUACAUUGCCAAUGGUGACAAGGGGCAUAUAGAUACUACGGCCAUACAGAGUGAGGAAUCUUGGACCGGGACCACUUUUGGGCUUGCAGCUGUCAUGAUCUAUGAAGGGAUGCGCGAAGAAGCCUUCGUGACUGCGGGCGGUUUGUACAAAACUAUGUCUCAAAUGGGCUUGGCUUUCGAAACGCCUGAAGCGUUAAACGUGGACGGAAACCACCGCUCCAUAGCCUACAUGCGGCCGCUGGCAAUCUGGGCCAUCUACCAGGCGCUGGUGGCCGUGCCCCCGCCCCGGACUAUGGCGAACGGGCAAGUGCACAAUACCAAAGAUAACCAAUUAUAGUAGAAAAAAAUUUCAUUCAACGGCCCCUAGAGAGUAAAUAAUUUUGCGCAAUUUGAAUGAAUCAUAAGAAUACUUGACUAAAUUUAAAAGUUUAAUUUUCUUCAAUUUUGAGUUUAGGUUGAUAUAGAUCACUCUGUGACGUCAUAAUUUUUAAUUGACUUGUCAAAGUUGUGCUGUGGCAGUAAGGUCCUGUCCGCACUGCCAUAUUUAUCACACGGUUUAUUUCACACAUUGAAUCUUACUAGAGUGUUCAGUUGUUCACUCAUGUGGUAAAAAAUCGCGAGGAAGUACGCUACGAGUGCGGAAUAGAAUUUCGAGAAUAAAUUCCGCGCGGACUUUUUUCCAUCUCGCCAGAUCAUUCAUAUUUGUACAAUGUUAUUGACCGUCUAGGGGCUGCUUUAAACCCAUAGAAAUCGGAACAACACCAUGGUGUUAUAUUUAUUUCCGAUUUCUGUGUUUAGACCGAUGCAAUAAUGGGACGAAAUAUUUUUAUUUUUGUCCACUAGAAGUCGCUAAAUUGUCGGCUGUAGAUUGAUAUUUAAUAAUAUAUAUAUUUUGCUGACUAACUUUGUUUUUUACACAAUUCCAAAUUUUCUGUUAUGCAAAAAUAUUGUAAUAGCUCGCCAGGGAAUUUUGGAAUACUAAAAAAAAAUUAAACGACCGGUAGAGAUUGAAGGAAAUAAAAAACAAACUACAAACUUCUCAGGUUUAGUAUAUGUUACUCUAUCGAUGCGUGCGUCAUAUAUUUUCUGACGAAACUUGUUCUUAGAUGGAUAGAUUGUUGCAUUAUGUAUUAACUGCAGAAUAUAAACAAGAAAUAAGAAUCUGUCUAUUUUAUUUAUUGUCUGUUCUUGUGAUGUGUUAACGCAAUUUUUAUUUUUAUUUUAGUGAGUGCGCUAAAUUGCUGUCCACAUU